AUGGGAUGUGGUAUCCUACAACAAUGUCUGCUGCACUUCGGCAACGAGGCCAAGCAAGUGCUAAAACUUGUUGGGACCGGGGAGCUUUGUCUACCGGCGGAGGACUUUGUCGGUAGACCUAUGGGGAAAGCGGUGAUCUACAAGUAUCUCUGCCCCAAGGUCAACACUCUUAACGGUACAAAAGUAUACCAAGACUUAAUGGGAAACCGGAAUGGUAGGGCUAUCUCUGCAAAAAGCUCUAUCACUGAUAACGGCACCAAAGUUUACUCAGACUUCAAGCAAAGCAGGAUGAUAGUUCUGCCACAAGCUGAACACUCAGAGCGUUCUUGGAUCGGAAAACGGUGCGGGAGACCUCUCAGACAAAGAUGGCGGUGUUACUCGACUGGCUCUGUCUCAAGCUCAACACUCGAUAAGGCAUAA